CCUAUCGAUACACAAAUCCUGAAGAAGAGAAAAAAUAAGACUUUUGUUGGUCCUGGUUUUUUUGCUGUCCUCCAAAGAACCCGGCCCGUGAAAAAUGGCAGACGAAGCGGGCACCCCAGCCGAUGGCCAGCGGCAGUUUAUUUGCGGCGUGAUCGAGGGCUUCUACGGCCGGCCGUGGACGACGGAGCAGCGCAAGGACCUGUUCCGCAAGCUGAAGAGCAUGGGAAUGGGCUCCAGUCCCUCCUACAUGUAUGCGCCGAAGGACGACUACAAGCACCGGGCCUACUGGCGGGAGCUGUACACCGUGGAGGAGGCGGAUCACCUGUCCAGUCUGAUUGCGGCGGCCAAGGAGGCGGGCAUCACCUUCUACUACGCCCUGUCGCCUGGACUGGACAUGACCUACAGCAGUCCCAAGGAGAUCGCCACGCUGAAGCGCAAGCUGGACCAGGUUUCGCACUUCGGCUGCGAGGCCUACGCCCUUCUGUUCGACGACAUCGAGUCGGAGCUCUCGAAGGCGGACAAGGAGGUCUUCCAGACGUUUGCCAACGCCCACGUGUCGGUCACGAACGAGAUAUACACGCAUUUGGGCGCACCCAAGUUCCUCUUCUGCCCCACCCAGUACUGCGCCUCGCGGGCCGUUCCCACGGUCCAGGAAUCGGAGUACCUCAACACCCUGGGCUCCAAGCUGAACAACGAGAUCGACAUUUUGUGGACGGGGGAUAAGGUCAUCUCCAAGACCAUAUCCAUUGAAUCCAUCCAGGAGAUCACCGAGGUGCUGCGUCGGCCGCCGUGCAUCUGGGACAACCUGCACGCGAACGACUACGACCAGAAGCGGGUCUUCCUGGGUCCCUACAGCGGCCGAUCGCCGGAGCUGAUCCCCCAUCUGCGCGGCAUAAUGACCAAUCCGAACUGCGAGUUCUACGGCAACUUCGUGGCCAUCCACUCGCUGGCCUUCUGGUCGCGCUGCAGCCUGGACUCCAAGGUCAACAGCUCGCUGAGCGCGGACAUCAAACUGGAGACUGAAAACGAGGAUGAUCUGCCGGCAGAGUUUCUCUCGAAGAACGUCUACCAUCCGCGAGUGGCUCUUAAGAGUGCCAUUACGGAGUGGCUGCCGGAAUUCUUCAUGGAAAAGGAGGCCUGGGGACCCAUCACCAAGCCCCAGCCGCAAGUGCAAAUGGUCAUGCCCAUCAUUCCCAUCAUACCUUCUAUAAAUACCUGUAUGAGUCUCACCACCACCACGACCACUUCAACGAACUCCAGGACGCUUCCGGAGGUUAACACCACUCAACUUCAAGCUCUGGCGGACGUAUGCGUUGUGACCUCUUCGCUGACACCCAUCUCAAAUCCAGUGAUGAAUUCCCUCGUGUCGCCUACAAAAGUGAUCACAAACGACGACAUCAUCAAUCCCAUACCGACCACAGCCGCCAGCAACAUUGAGCUGCCCAAGAAGAUACCCAUCUCCGUGGUCCCGGUGCCCAUUAUGGAGACGAAGAGCGUGGAGGCUUCCGUGGAACUGGAAGUUUUCGAUGAAAAUGAAACGAAAAGCGAUUUGGCCAAGGAACGGAUUGAACUGGAGGAGGAGCAGGAACCGGUGGCCAGUCUGUGUGUGGACACCAUGCUGGACGACGGCAGUCUGAGCCCCUUGAGUGGCGGAGUCAAUGAGCCCAUGGAGUGCAGCAGCAGCAUAGCAUCGCAGGUCUCGCCACGCGAGGAGGAGGCCAUCAAACUGGUGGCCGAAGAUGUGCUCAUGGAGUCUGUAAACGAUGUGCAUAGUAUGCAUGUGGAGAGUGGAACCUCGUCGCCGAUCUCAAAUGCGGAAAUGCGCGAAGAAAACGAAGCUCAGGCUGAUAAGACCCUUGAAAACAAUUCUUCCUGCGGCGAAAGGAUAACCGUUGAGGAUCUAAGCCUGCUCUGCGAUCUGUUCUAUCUACCCUUUGAACACGGCAACCGCGGCCUGAAGCUGCUCGUCGAAUUCAACUGGCUGAAGGGCAACGCAAAUGUGAUACUGCAGGACCGUUCUGCCGGUGGAGGAGGCGAUGCCGUGAAAUCAGCCAAGCCGGAGGUCACCGAGUGGCAUCAGCGUUGCGAGCAAUUUGAUCAGCUCUGCAGCGCCGUCGUCGAGCUGCUGAUCAAAAUAGCCAACUGCCCGAACAAGGAGAUCUGCCACGAGCUGUACUCGUAUGUGUGGGACAUCUCCGGCGCCCUGUCCUUGCUCAAUUGCUACGUCAAAUGGCUGGCUCUCGGCCAUUUCCCGCAAAACACGUCUUCGUUUACGGAGGGAAGCUAUACUUGGUUCAGCAAGGGCUGGAAGGAGGCCUUCAUGUCCGGUGACCAGGAGCCAUGGGUCUUUCGAGGCGGCCUCAUUGCGGACCUGCAGCGCCUAAUGCCCGUGGACUCGGGCAACGACCUGUUUGUGUACAAGCUGCCGGAGCAGCCCACGACCAACUACUAUCUGCUGAGACCCUACUGCAAUGCGGACGAGCAGAACGUCUACGAUGUGUGCACCCGGCUGUACUUGCAGUGGCAGGGAGAACUAAAUGGAGGCACACACAUCCCUUUCCCGCUGCCGGCGAACAUAGCCAGCAUUGUGGCGGAUGCACUGGUGGGCGGACACCUCACUCUCAGUCCGCAGCUGUGCAUUGUGGCCUACGAUGAGAGCAACAGCAUCAUUGGCUUCUCCUGCGCGGCCUUGGAUGUAAACAUAUUCCGACGCAACCUGGAGCUUUGCUGGCUGACGGAGCUGCGCGAGAAGUAUCCCAAGGAUCUUUGUACUCAGGAAAGCGGCGAAGAAGUGAAACAGCUCGUUACGACUUUCGUGGAAAAGUUUCAUGGCAACUUGGCCGUGGAGCAGUGCCCCGUGGAGGUGAGCGGAUCCUUUCCAGCCGUGCUGGUCUGCGGCACUCUGCGGGAGGCGGAGGAGCGCGAUUCGGGCAUCACCAAGCGGAUGCUCACCGUACUCCUGGCCGCCCUGCGAGCGAACGGCUGCUUUGGUGCCCACGUGUGCGUUCCCGAGCAGGACGUUGGCCAGGUGAGCUUCUACUCGAGGAUCGGUUUCGUGGAGGUCUACCGCGAGGAGGCCAGCAAGUGCAUUUACCUGGGUCGCCGCUUCUAGCGUUUCCGGAGCUUCCAGCUUCACUGCCUCCACUUUUAAUGUUCCUUCAUCUUUGGUAUUCCGGCUAGUUGCUAGCCACUCUCGUCGCGUCCUCGUCCUUUUUGUAUUCCCCCAAGGUAACCGAGUUUGUAUUACUGACCAGCCCUUCUAGCAUUUAUCUUAAGCGUCGUUUUCAUAAUGUGGGAAAACAAUAAAAAUAACAAUUUAAUAA